AUGGAUCUUCACCAUCAAAUCGGCGCCUUGCGCAACAAGACGCUCAAAAUCAUCAUCCAGCGGCACUUCACCUCGACGCUCUACUCGGCGCUCGUGCUGCCCGUCAUCGCGUCGCUCUACCUCGGCCUGGGCCAAAAGUUUACCCACGCCGACGACAAGUACGGGCUCGGCAGCCCGUCGAGCAUCGACGCCCUCCCCGCCGCUCUCGCCCGCGCCACCGGCGGCCGGGACACCGUCGUCCUCAUCAACGCCGCGGGCCACGCUGGCGGCGCCAUCGACGCCGUCCUCGACACUGUCGCCGCCGCCGUCACGAGCGCCGGCCGCAACGCCACCCGCCUCGCCGACGAGGCCGACAUUGGCUACGUUUGCCGCGGCUCCAUCCAGGCCACGACGAGAUGCUUUGGCGCCGUCGUGGUGCACGCCUCGCCGGACGAGGGCCACGGCGGCUACUGGAACUACACGCUGCGCGGCGACGGCGCGCUCGGGCGCUCCUUUCGCGUCGACAAGAGCGAUAACGCGGCCGAGGUGUAUGCGCUGCCGCUGCAGCGCGCUGUUGAUGCGGCGAUUGCCCAGCAGCAGGGCGUCGCCUCGUUUCCCAGCGCGACGCACCAGUAUGCUUACUCGGCGCUCACGGAAGACGAGCGGCAGGCCCAGGUGCGCCGCGACUACCAAAGGACUUUCAUCAACUUUCUCAGCGUCGCCUUCAUCAUGGCGCUCAUCGGCGUCUGCUACCACAUGCCGGGCUUCAUCGCCACGGAGCGCGAGAUGGGCAUGGCGCAGCUCAUAGACGCCAUGAUGCCCGUCCGCGCGCGGUGGCACGCCCAACUCGCUCGGCUGCUCUCGCACCACCAAGCCUUUGUCGUCACGUACCUGCCUGGCUGGGUGCUCGCGGCCGUGGUGAACCGCAUCCUGAUAUGGACCAACGUCAGCUACGGCAUCAUCAUACCGUUCUUCGUGCUGGCCGGCGUCGCCAUGACGUCCAUGUCGCUGCUCGGCGCGUGCUUUUUCAAAAAGGCGCAGCUCGCAGGCAUCGUCACCGCACUCGUGUGGCUCAUCCUCGGCAUCGCCGCGCAGGCCAUUCCGCGUCCCGGAACCGGCACCGUCGCCGUCCUCAGCCUGCUCUUUACCCCUUGCAACUUUGUCUACUUCAUCACCUACAUUGCGCGCUACGAGCAAGAGGCGCUGCCGACGGACCUGCUGCGCGCCCACCCCAGCAGCCCCUGGCAGCUUCCGGGCAUCGUCCUGUGGGUGUUUUUCGCUCUCCAGAUUCUCGUGUACCCGCUGCUCGCCGCGCAGGUCGAGCGCGCGCUGCACGGCGUCACCACCGGCACGCGGCAAAACGCGGGGGCCGCCAGCGGCGAGAUGCCGGAUGCCGUGCAGAUUCGGAACAUGACCAAGAUUUACAAGCCUACGCUUCUGCGGCGGCUGUUCUCGUUUGUGUCCCCGCCGCGGCCCGAGGUGGUCGCCGUGGACGCGCUGACGCUGACGGCGAAGCGUGGCCAGAUUCUGGCGCUGCUGGGUGCCAACGGUAGCGGCAAGAGCACGACGCUCGACGCGAUUGCGGGCAUCAGCAACUUUACGAGUGGCGCCAUUGCGAUUGACACGACGGGCGGUCUGGGCAUCGCGCCGCAGAAGAAUGUCCUCUGGGGCGAGCUGACGGUCGAGGAGCACCUGCGUGUCUUUGCCCAGCUCAAGACGCCGUCCAACCCUGCCACGAAGGACCAGAUUGAUAGUCUCAUACACGCCGUCGGUCUCAAGAAGAAGACCAAGGAAAUGGCCAAGACGCUCUCCGGGGGACAGAAGCGCAAGUUGCAGCUAGGUCUGAUGCUGAUUGGCGAUAGCGCCGUCAGCUGCGUCGACGAGGUCUCGUCAGGCAUCGAUCCGUUGUCGCGCCGCAAGAUUUGGGAUAUUCUCCUGCGCGAGCGCGGCCGCCGCACAAUCAUCAUGACAACGCACUUCCUCGACGAGGCCGACCUGCUGGCCGACCACAUUGCGAUUCUAUCCAAGGGCCGGCUCCGCGCCGAGGGCUCCUCGGUCCAGCUCAAGGACACGUUCGGCUCCGGGUACCGCGUGCACGUCCUCAACGCGCGCCACAUGAUGGGCCGCGCACCGGAGGUCGACGGCGUCGACCGCCACAUCUCGUCCAACACAAUCACCUACGUCGCGGCCUCGGCGACCCUCGCGGCGUCCGUCAUCCGCACGCUCGAGGCCCGCGGCGUGCCGUACAAGUUCUCUGGGCCGACCAUUGAAGACGUCUUCCUAAACCUGGCCGACGAGGUCAACGACCACGGCAUGCGAGACCAGGCCGUGGGUGCGGCCGAGGCCAAGGUCAGUCCAAGCCAGAGCGCCGACGGAGAAAAGUCGCCGUCCGGCCAGCCGCUCCCACUAUUGCACGGUCGCCAGCUCAGCCUCUUUCGCCAAGUCCUUGUGUUGUUGCAGAAACGCUUCGUCAUACUCAAGACCAACUGGGUGCCGUAUUUCGCCGCGUUCCUGAUCCCCAUUGUGGCGGCCGCAAUCAUCCAGCUGCUAGUCAAGAACCUCGCGGCGCCCGGCUGCUCUCCCAGGGAGCGCAGCAGCGACACCAAGACCACUGACUUUACAGAUCUGCUCGGCACUCCCUUUAUCGUGGGCGGUCCGUCUGCGACGUUUAGCGCUUCCGCCAUUGCAGAGGUUUUCAAGCCCAUCAUCCCGAAUCUUGCCGACAGCGCCAGCAGCCACAUCAAAGUCGUCGACUCGUUUGACGCUUUCAAGGCGUACAUAGAGGACAACAGAAAGAAUGUCACCCCCGCAGGCCUUUGGCUUGGUCAGACAGGCUCUGCCGCUACACUUGCCUACAAGUUGGACGAUGGGCUAUCCAUGUUCACAUCGACACUGGGCCAGAGCCUUCUUGAUAGCCUGCUCAUGAACAAGACAAUCGCCACCCAAUACAAGCCCUUUGACAUUGCCGCGGCGCCUUCUACUGGGAGCGGGCUGCAGGUCAUUGUUUACUUUGCGCUUGCAUGCUCCGUCAUCCCAGGUCUGUUUGGCCUGUACCCGAACUCGGAGAAGCGCAACGGAGUGCGCGCGCUGCAGUACUCGAGCGGUGCUCGUGCGUUUCCCGUCUGGGCAGCUCACGUCAUCUUUGACUGGUCCAUCAUGGCCUUGUCGAUGCUGAUUGCGGCGGGCAUUUUCGCGGGGUCGUCUAGUAUCUGGUACAAUGUCGGUUUUUUGUUUCCGAUUUUCCUCUUUUACGUGCUGGCGGCUAUUUUGAUUUCGUAUUUUGUGUCUCUCAUCAUGAAGACCGCUCUAGCUACUUACGCUAUUGCUUCGGUGAUUCAGGGACUGGGGUUUGCCGUCUACCUUAUUGCUUACUUCUUCAUCUUGCUCUACUCGGACCCAGCUGAGACAGAAAAGAGUGUCCUGAUCGGCCAUUGGGUUAUUGCCGCCAUUUUUCCUACGGGAUCGCUGGUGCGCGCACUCAUGGUAGCCCUCAACGUCUUUUCUACGACCUGCGAGGGCUUCGCGCUGCAGAGUAACCCUGGUGCGAUGAAGGCGUACGGUGGCCCGCUCGUGUACCUCAUUGUGCAGAGCAUCUUCUGGUUCAGCAUGGUGGUGUACUUUGAGAGCUCCGACGGGAAAUACAAGACAGGCAAGCCGCAGCACAGCGAGGGUACGGAAGACCCUGAAGUGGCGGCAGAAGAGGUGCGCGUGGAUGGACCGGGCGAAGAAACCGACGGCCUGCGCGUGGUACACUUGACGAAGGCGUUUGGCAAGACGACUGCUAUUGACAAUGUCACAUUUGGCGUCGGUCAUGGCGAAGUGUUUGCACUGCUUGGUCCUAACGGUGCUGGAAAGUCGACAACAAUAUCCAUCAUUCGCGGUGACAUUGCCCCUAGUCGGUCAGGCGGCGAUGUCUUUGUUGAAAACGCAUCAGUCACGAAGAAUCGACCUGCUGCACGCGCGAAUCUUGGAGUUUGCCCGCAAUUUGACGCCAUCGACUCCAUGACCGUGGUUGAGCACUUGCAGCACUACGCGCGCAUCCGAGGCAUCAGCGAUGUGGACCACCAAGUCACAGCCGUCAUCCGGGCAGUGGGCCUGGAGGCUUACACUGGCGUCAUGGCGCACACGCUUUCCGGCGGUAACAAGCGUAAGCUGUCCUUGGCCAUUGCGCUGACCGGCAACCCCUCGGUGAUUCUCCUUGACGAGCCCUCGUCCGGUCUAGACGCGGCGGCGAAGCGUAUCAUGUGGCGCACGCUCGAGGCUGUCGUCCCCGGCCGGUCGAUCUUGCUCACGACGCACAGCAUGGAGGAGGCCGACACGCUGGCGACGCGGGCGGGCAUCAUGGCGCGGCGCAUGCUGGCGCUCGGUGGGACGGAGCAGCUGUGCCAAAAGUUUGGCGACGCGCUGCACGUGCACAUGGUGAGCAAGACGGCGCCACACUCGAGCGACGAGGAAAUGCAGCAGAUGCAGGCGUGGGUGAUGGAUACGUUUUCCGGGGCGCGGAUUGAGCAGGAAACGUUUCACGGACAGAUGCGGUUCUCGGUGCCGGCGUCGUCGAUUCCGGUUUCCAACGGCAGCGGCGGAGAGGAUAGCGGCAGCGGCAGCGCCAUCGGACAGCUGCUGCUCAUCCUGGAGGAGAAUCGGGAGCGAUUGGGGGUUGCGCACCAUAGCGUCAGCCCUACGACGCUUAAUGAGGUGUUUCUGACAAUUGUUGGUAAAUACGAUGUGCAGGAGGAAGGCGAGGCGGCACCGAAGAAGACACCGUGGUGGAAGAGGUCGAUGUUUUGA